AUGUCAAAGGAAGCGGGAACAGGUGAAAAUAACACAAAUUUGCACAAGAAAUCAACCGAUUUCGGUGAGCUUCCACUAACUUUAAAGGAACGGUUGAAGCAGUUGGAUAUAAAUGACUACGUGAAUCGUUCUCCAGAUGAUCCUCGCUGGUUUGAUCGAAAAUAUAAUGAAAAACAUGGGGCAUUUUCAAAUAAAAACCUUUUGUGGGCAUCACCAAUAGAUGCGCGUUAUCAGCAAAUCAAGAUGGGACGGCAUUGUUUCGAUUAUUACAUUGAUUUUCAUCGUUGUAUUACUUUGUUAGGGGAAGAUCAUAAACCAUGUAAAUUCUUCUACAAUGUUUACACUGAUAUUUGCCCUUCGGCAUGGGUUGAAAAGUUUGACGAAUGGAGAGAAGCUGGCAUAUAUCCCGCACGUUUCGAUCGUUGA